UGGGUUUAGUUGUUUAUCUACUGCAAAGCAAUCCGUAUCCAGGAGGAACCUCGUUUGUCCUGGUAACCGCGUAGCGUUUCCAACCUGACAUCAAUCAAACACUACCUGCACCCUUUUAAAUGUUGGUUUCCUACUGGUGAGCUUUGUUAGUAUCAUUCCACCCGCUCCGCACUAAACACGAACCACCAUGUCGAAUCGCGCUGUGGCCACGUUCGAAAAACCUCUCCAACAUUUGAGCCUUCCGGAUUGGCACUCCCGGUUGAACCAGCUGAAAAAUGCGGCCUACGGAAAACGGUCCGAUGCGUUCGAUCUUCGUCAUUUGGCGCGAAAUUUGCGAAACGAAACCAGAAUCCAGACCUACUGGGAUACGUACCAUAACAACGAUAAGCUUUCGGAUCGGGUGGCGGAGCUGGAUCGAUGGCGGGAAUCGAUGCGGAUUUUGCUGAAACGGGUAGACGUUGAGAUUGGGUCGCUGAAGGAGGAAAAAGCCUGCACGGAGCGGGAUCUGGAUGCGUUGCUGAUGCCGCUGACGGUUGUGACGGAUAGUAUCAACAUGAGGGAUUGUAGGUUGGGAUCGGAACUGACCUACGAUGAGGGCGAUACUGAGCUGAAGAAUGAACUGUGCAUCGUUGAGAAUAACCAGCGUUUGUUGAGAGAUCAGAAUCAGGGAGCUUGGGAACAGCUGAAUCGACUUCAGGAAAUUAAAUUUAAGCUGGAGCUGGAUUUGACUGAUAAGGACGAAGCGCAGGAUAUCGAUCAGCACCAAUUGGAAGUUGAUAAGCAUUGCGCCAAUGUGACGUUCAAGACAGAUUCAACGAGGGUUCCAAAAAACUCUUGUACUUAUAACAAUUGGUUGGAGUACUGCGAAGAAUUAGUUUCACUUACUGAGAAAACUUUAUCCGAUUCUGCCGCUGUCAGAGAGUCACUGUUUGCUACACGUGAGAAAGCAAGGAAUAUUUUGAAAAGCCAGCAGGAUCGCACUGCCCAUACUUUGCGGAAACGUAUUUUUGAAACUCAACGUGCCAGGAAUGAGUUGGAAUAUCAGCAGGGAAAGAUGAAAGAAGAAAUGGACAAAUGUUCUUCGGAGAUUGAAACAUUGGAAAGAGCCUACAACGAUAAAAUUGAAGCGUUGAAAGUGGUCGAGACUCGUUUGGAAAACCGCGCACAACGUUCGGGAAUGGAGCUCUGCAUCGAUGAGUCUUAUCACGGCCUUUCUGAUGAGGUCCACAAGCUACGUGACACCAUCAAAGUUCUCCGUGAGAAGAUCAACGCUGCCAAGACGAUGUACAACAGCCUGCACGAGUUAGCCAAAAAGAUCGAUCAAGAUUUGGAAAACAAACAGCAUGCAUUGAUGACCGAUAUCCGGUCCCUGGAUCUUCGUGCUCGGCUCAACACCGGAGAAUUCGGCGGAAAACCCACACAAACCGAUCGGAACAUUCAUUUGUCCAGACUGGAGGACGAAAUUCCCAAAUCGUAAAUCAAUUGGGCACCUGAUCGAUCGAUUAUCGCCGGGUCAUUGUAUCGAAUCGCGUGCUCCAAUUUCACCAACUUCUUUUUAGCGCUCUCCGCCUUUUCGCACCUUUUCGUGAUUGCAUGUCCAAAUGUGAAACAGGUUCAUACGUGCUGAUUUUUUGCAUGCAAAGUACCCCUAACUGACACUUCUGCACUCAUUCGCCGUUUUAAAGUGCACUCAAUAGCUCACCACUAAGUCGGUAUUGACUGCCUGCCUGCCCGAAAAACACUGCCUUUUAUUGAUUGCAGCAGCGCAACAUUUCCAAUCACUUCGGUGUGCACUUUAGAUGAAAAUCUGUUCAACGUGUGAAUUUGAAAUAAAUUGCUAGUUUUUACUCAGAAUGGAGUGUGUUGAAUUGAUUGGAGCAGGAA